AUGAAGCCGCUGUCCAGAGUCGGUGCAGUGGCUGCCGCGCGAGGUUGGCGGCACUGUCUCAUCCUGGCAAAGACCGAAGGCAAUGAGGCAGCGUCCGUCAUUGACUCCCUGCAGAAGGCGGGCAUUCAGACGAAUCUUUGGGAGCCAUCUCUCUCCUACCGCUGCCCGACACCGUCCCUGGUGGACUCAGUCACUUACGAUGCGGCAUCGACAGACAUCGACGCCGUGGUCGGUUUGGGCCACGGCGGUGUGUUAGACUUAGCGAAGGCAGCGGCCGCGAUCAUUCCGCUUGUCCGUGCAAGCGCCCAGUACUCACCGAUUUUCACCCGUCCCGGCAGUGGCUCAGCCAAGCCCGGUCGGGAGCUUACGGAGCUGCUCGUCAACGGCAACAUGCGCGGCAAGGGAAAUGCUGUCGGAGCCAACGGCCUCAACGGCGCCCUGCCGAAGUGGCCGAAUGCCCCUGUCGCUGAAAGCUUUCUGCUGGGCAGCGAUGCAAAGCCGCGGGCCUCGACGCUGCUGGCAGGUUCCUCGUUGCCUCUGCUGCUGGUCCCAACCACAGCGGCCGUCGCAGCGACGAGUGGGCGCUGCUUGCUCCGCCCGGAGGGCCCCGAAGCUCUUGUGCCCCUGGCCAUUGCCGGCCCCGGUCCCUACGGCGUCGGGGUGGGGCUCCAGGCGACCGAGGUGGUGGCGGACGCCACUGUGACGCAGGGCCAGUCGGCCCGAGGAACCGCGGCAGCUAUGGCCCACGCUAUCAGCGUCUUCGUUGAUUCCGCAGCUGCUUCUGGCGGCACGGUUAAGCAGCAGCAGCUGAUGGAUGACAUGAUGACGGGGGCCGGCUCGAGUUUCUCUGCUCUCCGACACCCGGAGCAUGCAGCCGUGGACUCCAUGGAGGCAGCCUUGGCUGCGGGCGUCGCAGCCUCGGAUGCCGAUGCAAAUGCACGAGGCGGCUUGAGCGUCGUGCACACGCUGGCCUCCGUACUGGUCGGGAUGCGGCCCGAGGUGCCCUUCCCACUGGCUUGCCGAGUGCUCCUGCCGCCGGUACUUCGCGCUUGGGCCGAGGAGGUCACGGAAGGCAACGAGGUCGCGGCCGUGUCGGCGAUCGCUUUGCUUUCGGAGGCCAUGCUGGGCCCUGCUCCCACCGAGCAGUCCCUGCAGCGACUGGCCGACUUCGUCGACAACUCCUGCGGAAACGCCGGGCUCCCGCCCGAACUCGAGCUCGAUCCUGCCGAAAGCCCCGAGAGUGUUGCCGUGCUGCUGGCCGCCAACGCUGCACAGGCACCGGUCAUGUCGCAGCGGCCAGCGCCCGCAUGGGUGAACGAGCCGCAGCGGCUGGAAGCCGUCUUUCGUGCCGCAGUGGGCGGCAAUCGGCCGCACGUGCUGACGACGUGCCCCGGCAGGGGUCGGGAGGCGACAACUGGCACUAUCCGGGCCGACGGUCUCGAUAAGACCCACAGGAAGCACGUCUACAACUCCGCCCACAACUUCGGCCACCACGAUGUGCGCAACAACAUGAACCCCUUCAUUGCGCAAUAUCGCAUACCGAAGUGGGAGACGACCAGCACCAUGUAUGGUGAGCACUAUCGGCAUCCGGAACAGACCUACACCAGGCCAAUGAAGAAUCGCAUGCCGGUGUUCCACAUCAAUCUGUGA